AUGGCAAACCAACAGUAUACUUAUAGUAACUAUCUCCAGUAUUCUCCAAACAUGGGUCAAACCAACACCAACUCGAUCAAUUUGGGCUCCGCAUCUAAUAACAAUAAUAACAAUAAUAGUGCACAAAGCAAUAAUCACGUUUCAGCCAGCAACAACAACAACAACAACAACACCAACAACAACAUCAAUAACACUUCUCCAUUAAAUAAUCUUUCGUACUUGACACCUCCGGGAACAUCUUCCAACACUGCCAGCUUGUCGAGUUCGUUAUCAAGCACUACUUCUUCCAUGUUUGGACCAACAUUGUCAAACACUUUGGCAGGCUCCUCCUCAUCGAGCUAUAGUUUCCAUACUCCAAGAUUGAGAUACUACUUGUCCAAAUCGUUUGACAUUGAAGACGACUUGGAGUUUUGUCCCGAGAUCCCCACUGACCAUCUUCAUGGCUACGGACAUGGCAUUCCUGGCGGACAUGGUGGGAGUCUAUUUGGCGUUGGAGGUAACAAUAGUCCAAGCUUGAAGAAGUUUAAUCCCUAUACUGCCACAGUGUUUUCACCAAGCCACGAAAUCUCCCAGCAGCAGCAGCAACAACAACAACUCCAACUGCAACUUCAACUGCAACAACAACUCCAUCUGCAACUGCGCCAAGCACAACAGCAACAACAACAGCCACAGCUUUCAAAACAACAAUCUCCAAGAGUUGUAACUCCAAGAAUCAGAAAACCAUUGGAAAUCAUAAACCCUCACACCAAGAUGAGAGUUGGCUCUCCUGCUACCAAAUCUGAAAGUUAG